CUUCGAGACUUCGACUCCCUGUUAAACCCUAGAAAAACCCUAAGUUGUUUUCGCCACUCUGCUUCGCUAAGGGGAAGACAGAGAAAUAUGAAGUUGAAGGUCAAGAAGGCAACAAUGGCGACGAUUAAGAAGAACAGCAAAAAGAAGGAAAAUAAGGAAAAGCAGAAAAAACCAGAAUAUAGUGAAAGGGAAACCUCCGGAGAUGAGGUACAUGGUAAUUUUCGAAAUAUGAAGUUGAAGGUCAAGAAGGCAACAAUGGCGACGAUUAAGAAGAACAGCAAAAAGAAGGAAAAGAAGGAAAAGAAGGAAAAGCAGAAAAAACCAGAAUAUAGUGAAAGGGAAACCUCCGGAGAUGAGGUACAUGGAGAUGUUUCAACCAAUGGAAAUGUCAAAGUUAGUGCAUAUAACGAUGUAAAUUCAGGCGGCAAUGAUGAUAAUGAAUCUUAUCAUUCUGUUGAAGAGAGUGAUUCGUCAGAAGACGAGGUUGCUCCUCGGAAUACAGUUGGAGAUGUUCCACUGGAGUUCUACAAAGAUGAGGAACAUAUUGGUUAUGAUCUUACCGCGAAGAAGAUUAAAAAGAAGGAGAGGAAAGAUCGACUCGAAACGUUUCUAGCCAAUGUUGAUGAUAAGAAAGCCUGGCGGAAGUUUGUUGAUGUAUACAAUGAUGAAGAAGUGACAAUAGAGAGAGACGACAUGAGGAUGAUUCGCCGUAUCAUGAAAGGAAAGACACCACAUGCUGAUGCGGAUCCGUAUGCGCCUUAUGUCGAUUGGUUUCAUUGGGAAGGUAAAGGUCAUCCUCUAUCAAACGCACCGGAGCCAAAGAGACGAUUCGUCCUUUCAAAAUCAGAGGCCAGACAGAGAAAUAAGUAUGUGAGGGCAAUCCGAGAGGGAAGAAUUAAAUUUGAUAAACCCAAGGAAGAGCCGAGGUUCUACCUAUUGUGGGGUGAUGAUUCUAGCUCAUCCGAAAAAACAAGGGGAUUGUCAUAUAUUCCUCCUCCAAAAGCAAAACUGCCUGGUCAUGAGGAAGCUUACAAUCCUUCCUUGGAAUUCAUACCAACUGAAGAAGAAAUCAAUUCGUAUCAAUUGAUGUAUGAAGAAGAUAGACCUAAAUUUAUUCCCACAAGGUAUACAUCUUUGAGAGGCAUUCCGGCGUACGACAAGUAUAUCAAGGAAUGUUUUGAGCGUUGUUUGGACCUGUAUAUGUGUCCUAGAGUUCGUAAAAAACGCCUUGAUAUUGAUCCUGAAUCUUUGAAACCGGAGAGGCCGGAUCCAAAGGAUCUUAAACCUUACCCGACUACAUGUUAUAUUGAGUACAAGGGUCACACUGACGCUGUUGUCUCCAUUUCGACCGAGGCUUCAGGGCAAUGGUUAGCUUCAGGCUCAACUGAUGGAACUGUACGCAUUUGGGAGGUUGCUACUGGAAGAUGUGUCCGUGUGUGGGAAGUUGGCGGUGCUAUCAGACAUGUUGUAUGGAAUCCCUUACCACAUCAACCGAUCUUGGCUGUCUCUGUGGACCGGGAUGUACUUAUCUUAGAUACUGGAUUGGGUAGCGAAGAAGAGCAGGGGAAAAUCAAAGAUCUUUUACACAUUGAGAAACCUAUUAUUCCAGAUGAAUCUGGUGAUGCUGGCAUUGUAAGCUGGCUUCCUGAUGACAAACUUGGUGGUUUGAGAUUGAAGCAUUUCAAGACUGUGUCAUCAAUUGAGUGGCACCGCAGAGGAGAUUAUCUCUCAACAGUGAUUCCAGCAGGUGAAUCUCGAGCGAUAGUGAUACAUCAGCUGUCUAAGAAAGAAAGUCAGAGAGUCCCAUUCAAGUUGCAUGGACUUCCAGUAUCUACUGCUUUCCAUCCAUCUCGCUCCAUUUUCUUUGUCUCAACAAAGAAGCAUGUUCGUGUGUAUGAUUUACUCAAAGAAAAACUGAUCAAGAAGCUUGAUACAAAGUUCCGUGAAGUUUCAAGCAUCGCAGUACAUCCUGGUGGUGACAAUUUGAUCGUCGGGAGCAGGGAAGGAAAAUGGUGCUGGUUUGACAUGGAUCUCUCAUCGACACCUUAUAAAGUCGUGAAGAAUCACACAAAGGAUAUAACAAAUGUGGCUUUUCACCGUUCGUAUCCUCUAUUUGCUACAUGUUCGGAAGAUGGUAUAGCGCAUGUUUUCCAUGGCAUGGUUUAUUCUGACCUAAAUCAAAAUCCACUCAUUGCUCCACUGAGGAUUCUCCAAGGGCAUUCUAGCCAAAAAGGAAAAGGAGGUAUUCUGGAUUGCAAGUUUCAUCCUAGGCAACCCUGGUUGUUUACUGCUGGUGCUGAUUCUGUCAUCAAACUUUAUUGCCAUUAGGAGGAUUAACAGAAGAGCACCUUAUUCUUGUGAUCUUUCGCAUUGAAAAGUUAACAUUCGACUUUAAAACCGGCAGUGAUAUUAGAGCUCACAGAUUGAGGAACUACUGAGGCAUUGAAAAAUAACAUUCGAAUUUGAAACCGGCAGUGAUAUUAGAGCUCACAGAUUGAGGAACUACUGAGGCUGAAAAUCUCAUGUUUCCCAUGCCAUUGGUACUGCAGGAGCUAUCUUUUUGUAGAGUAGGUCUGUAUUUUGCUAAAAUUUUGAUGAGGAUAUGCCUCUGCUCAAUUCUCACAAUUGUUCUGUCGAUGUAAAGGUAAGUUCUACAACAUUAUAUUUUUACCAAGUGCUCCCUGUUUUUCCCUCUCUUGAUAAACUCUUAAGCUUGUAACAAUUCUAGUAUUCUCGUUUUACAAGCAGCAUAAACAAAAUAGAAAAGGGGUGCCUUCCAUGUUGUACUCAUGUAGUCAUGUCUAAGCUGGUCAUGAUUCUCUUUCGUAACUCAUGAUGUUAGUCUUUCUCAUUGCAA